UUUGUUUAUAGCUAUUGGAAAAUGAAGAUAUCACUAGCGAUCUAACGGAUAAGGAACUUAAAUUGGCUUUAAGUGAUUUAUCCCUUAAAGAUUUGAAUACUUUACAAAAAUUUAUUGACUCGGCUGAUUCUAAAGAUAUUGAUUAUCUAAAUCAAAGAUUUAUAAACACGAAUGCUAAGACUUUAGAUGGAAACGACUUUGAGGCUCAAGAUUUCGAUAACAUAAUGUAUUAUAACCCCGAAAAUGAAGACUACAAUUUUGAGCCCCUUAAUAAUAAAAACGAUUUGAGUUACUAUAUAAAUUCAAAAGAAGAAAAUCAAAGAGCUAAAAGAGAUGAUCAAAAGAUUAAUACAAAUGAGGAAUAUUUAAAACAAUUGGAUUAUUCAUUUCCCCAAACUGUACAGCAAAACCAUAAGAACUAUGGUAACGAUUUUAAAAACCCACAUGUUAGAGUUAAAAGAAAUUAA